AAUGGAGAUACUCGAAUCUGAAAUGUAAGGACUAUGGAGCAACCAAGACCACUUGAUGCAGUAUCUGAAAGAAGAUUAUAAAAAAGGAGAGGAAUGGAUCAAAACAAUUAAGAAGAUAAAUAACUGUUUAAUGAAUCCUUCAAAAUUUGGGAAGAAAUGCGCAGCAAGAAUGACAAAUCAAAUGAAGUGCGUGUUGAACAAAAUUAGAGCAACAAUUGAAAGGUUUGGAGAGUUCUUCAAAAAGAAUUGAAGAAAAGGUAACAAAGAGAAC